CAGCACCCUCACUGUGAUGAAAAUGAUAAUACUUCAUCGUUUGUCGACAUAACCUUAGCAAAUGUUAUUUCUCUCUUAAAUAUAAAUAUUUACCUUCGUACGCGUUACCAUCCUGGAUAUUAUAAAAAAUGUCGAUUGAAAUUGAAUCUGCUGAUGUAAUUCGUUUAAUACAACAGUAUCUCAAAGAAUCGAAUCUCGUUAAAACAUUACAAACAUUACAGGAAGAGACAGGGGUGUCGUUGAAUACAGUGGACAGUGUAGAUGGUUUUGUAGCGGAUAUAAAUAAUGGACAUUGGGAUACUGUAUUAAAGGCUAUACAAUCAUUAAAAUUACCAGAUAAAAAGCUUAUCGAUUUGUAUGAACAGGUCGUUUUGGAAUUAAUUGAAUUACGAGAAUUAGGUGCAGCCCGUUCAUUAUUGCGUCAAACAGACCCCAUGAUUAUGAUGAAACAACAAGAACCUGAAAGAUAUAUUCAUUUAGAAAAUUUACUUGCACGCUCAUAUUUUGACCCUCGCGAAGCAUAUCCUGAUGGAAGCACAAAGGAAAAGCGAAGGGCUUAUAUAGCUACAGCUCUUGCCGGUGAAGUGUCUGUAGUACCUUCUAGUAGGUUACUUGCGCUAUUAGGACAGGCAUUAAAAUGGCAACAACAUCAGGGUUUAUUGCCACCUGGUACUACGAUAGAUUUGUUUAGAGGAAAAGCAGCAGUGCGAGAUCAGGAAGAUGAGAAAUAUCCUACACAACUUUCGAAACAAAUUAAAUUUGGACAAAAGUCGCAUGUAGAAUGUGCACGUUUCUCGCCGGAUGGUCAAUAUUUAGUUACCGGUUCUGUAGAUGGAUUUAUCGAAGUCUGGAAUUUUACAACUGGUAAAAUUAGGAAAGAUCUAAAAUAUCAAGCUCAAGAUAAUUUUAUGAUGAUGGAACAAGCAGUAUUAUCGAUGGCUUUUAGCCGUGACAGUGAAAUGUUAGCUGGUGGUGGACAAGAUGGAAAAAUAAAAGUGUGGAGAGUACAAAGUGGACAAUGUUUGAGAAGAUUUGAGAAAGCACAUUCAAAAGGCGUUACAUGUCUUCAGUUUAGUAGAGAUAAUAGUCAAAUUCUGUCCACAUCGUUUGAUACCACUAUACGGAUACAUGGACUUAAAUCUGGAAAAACGUUAAAAGAAUUUCGAGGGCAUGCUUCUUUUGUAAACGAAGUAGUCUUUGCACCAGAUGGACAUAAUAUAAUAAGCGCAUCUUCGGAUGGGACUGUAAAAGUUUGGAGUUUGAAAACAACAGAAUGCAUAGGCACGUAUAAAUCUUUAGGAGCCGCAGAUUUAACUGUAAAUAGUAUACAUCUUCUGCCUCGCAAUCCUGAACAUUUCGUCGUGUGUAAUCGUUCAAAUACAGUCGUUAUUAUGAAUAUGCAAGGACAAAUUGUAAGAUCGUUUUCUAGCGGUAAACGAGAGGGAGGUGACUUUGUGUGUACAGUAGUAAGUCCACGCGGUGAAUUUAUUUACUGCGUUGGCGAAGAUCUCGUGCUUUAUUGUUUUUCUACAUCAUCAGGAAAACUUGAAAGAACUCUUAAUAUACAUGAGAAAGAUGUAAUAGGUUUGACGCAUCAUCCUCACCAGAACCUUUUAUGUUCUUAUAGCGAAGAUGGUCUUCUAAAAUUGUGGAAACCAUAAGACUGUUAAAAAAAAAAAUCAAUUCAAGCUCAAAUGCUUUUCUGUAACACAUGUAACAAUAUUUAUUUUGUAAUACAAUUCUUAUAUGUUCUAUGUUUAAUCAUCUCCAAUCAUAAAAAGUAAUUUUUAUCCAUAAUCUUAUAACAACAAUUUUAUCAUGUAAAAUUUUUAUUAUGAUGUAAUAAACCUGUGGUACCGAUAACAUUUACUUCACUGCAC